GAGGAGUUCCUUACAGAUCACCUGGGCACUGGCGACAUGGAGAACGAGUUCAAGAGCAUAGACGAGGACAACCGCUGGACUCCGCUGUAUGGAGAAAUACGACUUCAGUCACCUGUGUUGUCCAAUAAGAUAGCUAAGAACCCAGAGAAUAAAAACAGGAACAGAUACAGAGAUGUUAACCCAUAUGACCAUAGCCGUGUCAAGCUGCAGAAUGUGGAAAAUGAUUACAUCAACGCCAGUCUUGUUGUUGUUGAAGAAGCUCAAAGAAAUUAUAUUUUAACACAAGGCCCGCUCCCCAACACCUGCUGUCACUUCUGGUUAAUGGUGUGGCAGCAGAAAAGUAAAGCAAUUGUAAUGCUGAACCGAGUCAUUGAGAAGGAUGUGGUAAAGUGUGCACAGUAUUGGCCUACUCCUGAAGAUGAGGUACUUCCUUUUAGGGAAACAGGACUGUGCGUAAAGCUGUUAUCAGAAGAUAUUAAAGCAAACUACACAGUCCGGGUGUUACAGCUACAGAAUAUCAAUACAGCAGAGUGCAGAGAAAUUUUCCAUUUUCAUUACACCACAUGGCCAGAUUUUGGUGUUCCAGAAUCCCCAGCCUCCUUUCUAAACUUCCUGAUUGAAGUCCGGAACUCUGGUUCCCUAGAUCCCGAUUAUGGGCCCUCCGUCGUACACUGCAGUGCAGGGAUUGGACGUUCUGGUACCUUUUCUUUGGUUGAUACCUGCCUCAUACUGAUUGAAAAAAGGAAAGACCCCUCAACUGUGGAGAUUAAACAAGUGUUGUUGAAUAUGAGGAGCUACCGAAUGGGACUAAUUCAGACACCCGGCCAGCUGAGAUUUUCCUAUAUGGCUGUUAUAGAGGGAACAAAAUUGAUCAUGGAAGGUUCAAGCCAACAGUGUAAAGACAUUUCUAAAGAUGACCAAUCUGACAAAGUGGACAGUAAACAGACAGAUGAACGUUACAAUGGUAACCGGCUCCAUACAGAAGAGCAGAAUGAUGUUAAAUCUCAAGAAACAGAAUCUGAUGCACAAAGUACGCUUCGGAAAAGGAUGCGAGAUCGAAAUAUUAGAAUAUCCAACACUGAACAAAAAGUGCAGCAGGUGAAGCAGAGGAUGAGUGAAGCGGAGCAAAAAAGAAAAAGGUGGUUAUUCUGGAAACCUUUUCUCAUUCCAAUUGGGUUGGCUUCAGUCCUUGUAAUGGGAGCUUUUGUCUGUUGGAAAACCUAUUCUCCCUGACUUUACACAAAUGGU